ACCAAUCCGUCGCUCAUUCUCGACCAAUAUCUCUCUCUCUCUCUCUGAAAAUGGAUAUUACUCAUAGGAUUCUACCCAUUUUCCAUUAUCGUUCGCAUUUUGCUGGACUGAGAAAACCUGCCUAUCUAAGUUCCCAAUGUCCUCAACCUUUGUCUACCAUGCAUGGAAUCAGCAGCAGGACAUCUAGACAUUGCAUUCGAAGUCCCGAUGCUAUUACCAUGCCAUAUAUAUUUGAAUCAGAUGCUUUCCGAAAUGAAUCUUCCACAAAGAUACUACGGGAGAAAGAGGUUGCCCCAGCUACCAUUGGGAAGUUCGGGAGGUACGGAGGGAAGUACGUGCCAGAGACACUCAUUAGUUGCUUGAGCCAGCUCGAAGACGAGUUCAACUCCAUUGUCGCUGAUGCCCAAUUUCAGGAGGAGUUGGCGGCGACGCUGAGGGACUACGCCGGUAGAGAGACACCUCUAUAUUUUGCCGAGAGGCUAACCGAGUACCACAAGAAUGCCAAUGGAGAUGGGCCACUGAUAUAUCUUAAGAGAGAGGACCUAAAUCACACUGGGGCCCACAAGAUUAACAAUGCAAUUGGACAGGCAAUGCUUGCCAAACGGAUGGGGCGAAAACAUGUUGUGGCAGCCACCGGAGCUGGCCAGCACGGCCUUGCAGUGGCUGCUGUGUGUGCCCGGCUAUCCUUGCAGUGUACAAUAUACAUGGGUUCACCAGACAUGGAGAAACAAUCCUCCAAUGUACUCUUGAUGAAGUUACUAGGUGCUCAGGUUAAGGGUGUUGAAGGAAGUUUUAAAGAUGCGACGUCGGAAGCAAUCCGUGAUUGGGUCGGUAACCUAGCGACGACUUUCUACUUGUUGGGGACCGUCGUGGGGCCCCACCCAUGUCCAACCAUGGUUCGUGAAUUUCAAGCUGUGAUUGGAAAAGAGACAAGGAAACAGGCAAUGGAGAAAUGGGGUGGUAAACCUGAUGUCCUGGUUGCUUGUGUUGGAAGUGGGUCGAAUGCAAUGGGCCUGUUUCAUGAUUUUGUGGGAGAUGAUGAUGUGAGGCUGAUAGGUGUGGAGGCCGGAGGAUUAGGACUUGAAAGUGGGAGGCAUUCUGCCACCUUGGCAAGAGGAGAUGUGGGCGUUUAUCAUGGGGCCAUGAGCUAUUUAUUGCAAGAUGAUGAGGGUCAGAUAAUUGGGCCCCACUCCAUUGGUGUAGGGUUAGAGUACCCAGGAGUCGGACCAGAACUUAGCUUUCUCAAAGACACACGUCGCGCGGAGUUCUACAGCGUCACCGAUCAACAAGCUGUGGAUGCAUACAAACGGUUAUGCCGACUAGAGGGUAUAGUUCCGGCAUUAGAGGCGUCCCACGCAUUGGCAUUUCUAGAGAGGCUCUGCCCUACCUUGGCCAACGGUACAAGGGUCGUCGUUACAUGCAGCGGCCGUGGAGACAAGGACGUUCCAACCAUCUUCAAAUUCAAUCAUGAAUGAAGAGAUGGACACCUUAUGAAUUGCAGGGUUCUGAUCUACCCAUAAUCUAUACAAAUAGACUCAAUCCAAACCAUUGACCUGCUCGGACCCACCACACAUAGGGGACUGCUUUAAAAGUCUUCUUGACUGCAAGGUUACUGAAAUAUUUCCAGGGGAGGAUGAUGUGUGUAGGAGCUAUGAUAAGCCCAUGCGUGUGUACAAGUCAGUUAAUGCACAACAUAUGCCAACAUGGGCCAAAUAUCCAGAUCAUGCAUCAGGUAGACCUCACGGUGUAGAUUUUAAUGCUCAAGUAUAAAGACGGUCCACAAUCAAUUAAUGGGGCCUACCUGACUACUAGACCCAUCUGAAUGUUGGGACAAGCAGUCUACAUAGUCGUACUCUUUUGGCUUAUGGGUUGUCUACUGCACCUGUCUGCCACACUAGCAUUUGUGGUUGCCUGUGUGGCCCACCUAACUAUUGGACCUAUCUGAUUCUUAGGAUAAGGAAUCUUCGUAGUGGUACACUUAUUACUGAUGGUUGACUGCUGCAUCUGUCGGCCAGGCUAGCAUUUGUGGUUGUGUAUGUUAGGUAACUCGGGAUUAUGGAAGGUCUGUUUCAUGACCGAACUGUGACUUGUACACGCAACAAUAAUGCUAAGAAAGGAGUAUGGAUUACUGUA